UAGUCACUAUGUCCGAAACGGCGCCUGUCGCAGCUCCUGCCGUCUCUGCUCCUGAGGCAAAAGCCUCGGCUACAAAACCGAAGAAGGCGACUGUCGGCUCUAAAGCCCGCAAGCCUUCGGGUCCCAGUGUUACCGAGCUGAUCACCAAGGCGGUGUCCGCAUCCAAGGAGCGCAAAGGGGUCUCCUUGGCCGCUCUUAAGAAGGCUCUGGCCGCCGGAGGGUACGAUGUGGAGAAGAGCAACAGCCGCAUCAAAGUAGGACUCAAGAGUCUGGUAAGCAAAGGUACAUUGGUACAGACCAAAGGCACGGGCGCCUCUGGCUCUUUUAAACUCAGCAAGAAACCGGCUGAGACCAAGGAAAAGCCACUCAAGAAAAAGCCAGCGGCAAAGCCUAAGAAACCAACUGCCAGGAAACCCUCCAGCGCCCUCAAGAAACCCAAAAAGGCUGCGGCCGUGAAAAAGAGCCCGAAAAAAGUCAAGAAGCCAGCAGCUGCUGCGGUCAAAAAAACAGCCAAAAGCCCAAAAAGGGUUAAAGCAGCUAAGCCCAAAAAGGCAGAUAAGAGUCCGGCUAAGGCCAAAGCGGUGAAACCUAAGGUGGCCAAGCCCAAACCAACCAAACCUAAAGUAGCAAAGGCUAAGAAGGCAGCGCCCAAGAAGAAGUAAAGACUCCCCUUUUUUUUAGAUAAACCCAACGGCUCUUUUAAGAGCCACCCAUCCCUUUCAAAAAAGAGCUGGUUCACUUACCGGUAAUCUCGUGUUCUUUCUACGACAGAAGAUCCC